UCACUUACAAAGAGAACUAAAGAAAAGCUCAUUUUUUUUAAGUUUAGUUAUUUUUCUUAAUCAAUUUGAUAGUAAGGGUUGGUAUAAAACUUUUUAAACGUGUUUAUCUUGUACUUUUUGAAGCUAUGGAGAUGGAGUAAAUAUGAUAGCCUUUUGUUACAGUUGAUAAAUUUAAAAGAAAGAUAAUAAUAAUAAUAAUAAUGGUGGGUUUACUAUAGCAUAAAGUUAGGGUUUUUAUUGUUUUUGGUGUUCCUGGAUUUCAUAUUUUGGUAGGUGAUGGUGAGGUGGGUGUUGGUUUGUUGUUGUUUGGAUCUAAGGAGAUUAAGAGGUAUUCUUUAAAAAAGAGUGUCGAACUGGGGUUUUGAGUUUUAUGGUGAUGGAGAUCAAAUUUGAUUUUCUUUGGCUGAUCUUGCUGUUGUUGUGUCUGUUAUCGUGGCAGUUGGUUUUGGGUAAUAUGGAAGGUGAUGCAUUGCACAGCCUGAGAAGCAACUUGAUUGAUCCUAACAAUGUCCUGCAAAGUUGGGAUCCUACCCUUGUCAAUCCUUGCACAUGGUUUCAUGUUACCUGCAACAAUGACAAUAGUGUUAUAAGAGUUGAUCUUGGAAAUGCUGCUCUGUCUGGUCAACUUGUUCCGCAGCUUGGCCUGCUGAAAAACUUACAAUACUUGGAGCUCUACAGUAACAACAUAAGUGGACCAAUCCCCAGUGAUCUUGGGAAUUUGACUAGCUUGGUCAGCUUGGAUCUUUACUUGAAUACUUUCACUGGCCCCAUCCCAGAAAGUUUGGGCAGGCUGUCAAAAUUGCGGUUCCUUCGGCUUAACAACAAUAGCUUGACGGGUCGCAUUCCUAUGCCAUUGACUAAUAUUUCAUCACUGCAAGUUCUGGAUUUAUCAAACAACAGGCUCUCCGGAGUUGUUCCAGAUAAUGGAUCAUUCUCAUUGUUCACGCCCAUUAGUUUUGCUAACAACUUGGAUCUCUGCGGGCCAGUUACAGGGCACCCUUGCCCAGGGUCUCCUCCAUUUUCACCACCGCCUCCAUUUGUUCCUCCUCCUCCCAUUUCUUCCCCAGAAGGGAACAGUGCAACUGGAGCUAUUGCUGGAGGAGUAGCUGCUGGUGCAGCUUUACUAUUUGCUGCACCUGCAUUAGCAUUUGCUUGGUGGCGCCGUAGGAAACCUCAGGAGUUCUUUUUUGAUGUUCCUGCUGAGGAGGAUCCUGAGGUUCAUUUGGGACAGCUUAAAAGGUUUUCGCUGCGAGAAUUACAAGUUGCAUCAGAUACCUUCAGCAACAAAAACAUUCUUGGUAGAGGAGGAUUUGGUAAGGUUUAUAAAGGGCGUCUGGCAGAUGGCUCACUUGUAGCUGUUAAAAGACUGAAAGAAGAACGUACACCUGGAGGAGAGCUGCAGUUUCAGACAGAAGUAGAGAUGAUUAGCAUGGCUGUGCAUCGCAAUCUCCUAAGAUUACGCGGAUUUUGCAUGACACCAACUGAGCGACUGCUUGUUUAUCCAUACAUGGCAAACGGAAGUGUGGCAUCAUGUCUAAGGGAACGUCCACCAUCCCAACCUCCUCUUGAUUGGCCAACACGAAAACGAAUCGCGCUGGGAUCUGCUAGGGGCUUGUCUUAUUUGCAUGAUCAUUGUGACCCAAAAAUUAUUCACCGGGACGUUAAAGCUGCAAACAUUUUGUUGGAUGAGGAAUUUGAGGCCGUCGUUGGGGACUUUGGGCUGGCCAAAUUGAUGGACUACAAGGAUACUCAUGUCACUACUGCUGUCCGUGGCACAAUAGGUCAUAUAGCUCCAGAAUACCUGUCUACUGGAAAAUCAUCUGAAAAAACAGAUGUUUUUGGGUACGGGAUCAUGCUUCUGGAACUAAUUACUGGACAAAGGGCUUUUGACCUUGCCCGGCUUGCCAAUGAUGAUGAUGUCAUGUUGCUUGAUUGGGUAAAAGGGCUUCUGAAAGAGAAAAAGUUAGAGAUGCUGGUGGAUCCUGAUCUACAGCACAACUAUAUAGACGCAGAAGUGGAGCAGCUAAUCCAGGUUGCACUGCUUUGUACACAAGGCUCCCCUAUGGACCGGCCUAAAAUGUCGGACGUGGUUAGAAUGCUUGAAGGUGAUGGUCUGGCGGAAAGAUGGGAUGAGUGGCAAAAAGUUGAAGUUCUUCGGCAGGAGGUUGAACUCGCCCCGCAUCCUAAUUCUGACUGGAUCCUCGACUCAACAGAAAAUCUGCACGCAGUAGAGUUAUCCGGUCCUAGGUAACCAUGGCACGUCUACAAGUAAAGAAGAAAAUACUCACUACUUAUUUUUUCAAUCAUAAGUUUACCAUUUUCAAAUUUCUUUUUUGUUUAUUUUUUGGGCCCUUCUGAUUUGAUGAACAUAUUCCUGAUCCUGUAAGUUCAUUCUGCAUUGUAUUCAUUACAUUUGUGCAUAUGAGUCGGCAUUGUUGAGGGUGCAAGUUGCCUCGUUGGUAGGUCGCCGGUCAGCGGCUUAUUUUGUUUUUCAUGGAUGCAGUCGAGCUGUUUUUACUUACUCAUUUGCUAACUAAAAAUAUAUGCUUCAAGCUUAAUUCUGAUCUAUUGUUAAUACUCAUUUAUUAAUUUAUCAUUUUUAACAA